GGGGCAGUGCUGGAGGCUUAGCCCCUCAGAGCCUGUGAGUCAGCACUGUCCUCGGGAUUGGUCUCUCCCCUUAGCUCCCCGCCCCUGGGGAGGAGCCAGUCAGCUCUAGGUCCAGCCUGUUCUCCUCACAGCUAGAGAAGAGGCUCCACGCUGGGCGGGGAUGGGGCCUGAAACUCUCUGGGUCUGAGCCUGGGGAGCCAGAGCCACUUGUCCCUCUCCCUCCCCAGGACCCUUGAGAUCCCUGGGCCAGAGAGGUCCGAUCAGGCUAAGGGCCUGGGAUGCCCCCUGCCUGGCCCCCUUGCCCUGACUGGCAGGGGGGCCAGGCUGGGCAGCAGCCUUCCUCUCACUCCAGCCAUGGAUCUCCUGCCCCCCAAGCCCAAGUACAACCCACUUCGGAAUGAGUCUCUGUCAUCGCUGGAGGAGGGAGCUUCAGGGUCCACCCCACCGGAGGAGCUGCCUUCCCCAUCAGCCUCGUCUCUGGGGCCCAUGCUGCCACCUCUGCCUGGGGACGAUAGUCCCACUACCCUGUGCUCCUUCUUCCCCCGGAUGAGCAACCUGAAGCUGGCCAACCCGGCUGGGGGGCGCCUGGGGCCGAAGGGGGAGCCAGGAAGGGCAGCCGAGGAUGGGGAGGGGAUCGUAGGGGCAGCCAUGCCGGACUCAGGCCCCCUGCCCCUCCUCCAGGACAUGAACAAGCUGAGUGGAGGCGGCGGGCGCAGGACUCGGGUGGAAGGGGGCCAGCUGGGGGGCGAGGAGUGGACCCGCCACGGGAGCUUUGUCAAUAAGCCCACGCGGGGCUGGCUGCAUCCCAACGACAAAGUCAUGGGACCCGGGGUUUCCUACUUGGUUCGGUACAUGGGAUGUGUGGAGGUCCUGCAGUCAAUGCGCGCCCUGGACUUCAACACCCGGACUCAGGUCACCAGGGAGGCCAUCAGUCUGGUGUGUGACGCUGUGCCGGGUGCUAAGGGGGCAACAAGGAGGAGAAAGCCCUGUAGCCGUCCACUCAGCUCCAUCCUGGGGAGGAGUAACCUGAAAUUUGCUGGAAUGCCAAUCACUCUCACCGUCUCCACCAGCAGCCUCAACCUCAUGGCCGCAGACUGCAAACAGAUCAUCGCCAACCACCACAUGCAAUCCAUCUCCUUUGCGUCUGGCGGGGACCCGGACACAGCCGAGUAUGUCGCCUAUGUUGCCAAAGACCCGGUGAAUCAGAGAGCCUGCCACAUCCUGGAGUGUCCCGAAGGGCUUGCUCAGGACGUCAUCAGCACCAUUGGCCAGGCCUUCGAGUUGCGUUUCAAACAAUACCUCAGGAACCCGCCCAAGCUGGUCACCCCCCAUGACAGGAUGGCUGGCUUUGAUGGCUCAGCUUGGGAUGAGGAGGAAGAAGAGCCACCUGACCAUCAGUACUAUAAUGACUUCCCUGGGAAGGAACCCCCUCUUGGGGGGGUGGUGGACAUGAGGCUUCGGGAAGGAGUCCCCCAGGGGGCUGCUCGACCCACUCCACCCAGUGCCCAGACCCCUAGCCACCUGGGAGCCACGCUGCCAGUGGGGCAGCCUGUUGGAGGAGACCCAGAAGCCCGCAAACAGAUGCUGCCCCCGCCACCCUGCCCAGCAGGCAGAGAGCUCUUUGAUGAUCCCUCCUAUGUCAAUGUCCAGAACCUAGACAAGGCACGACAAGCAGGCGGUGGGGCCGGGCCCCCCAAUCCUGCCGUCAAUGGCAGCGCACCCCGAGACCUCUUUGACAUGAAGCCCUUUGAAGAUGCCCUGCGGGUGCCUCCACCUCCCCAGUUGGUGGCCAUGGCUGAGCAGCUCCGAGGGGAGCCCUGGUUUCACGGGAAGCUGAGCCGACGGGAGGCCGAGGCACUGCUACAGCUCAACGGGGACUUCCUGGUGCGGGAAAGCACGACCACGCCUGGCCAGUAUGUGCUCACUGGCCUGCAGAGUGGGCAGCCCAAGCACCUGCUACUGGUGGACCCUGAGGGUGUGGUUCGGACAAAGGAUCACCGCUUUGAGAGUGUCAGUCACCUCAUCAGCUACCACAUGGACAAUCACUUGCCCAUCAUCUCUGCGGGCAGCGAACUGUGUCUCCAGCAACCUGUGGAGCGGAAACUGUGAUCUGUCCCAGUGCUCUCUCCUAGAAGAUACCCUGCGACCCCUUCCACCCUAUUGUCCAAUUCUCAGGACCUCACUUGGGAGUGUUCUGUGGGCUUGGCCUUGUGUAGGGAUGGGGGUAGUGUGGACAUUGGGUUCAGCGUCCAGCUGAGUGAGAGGGUUUGAGUCAGGAGCCAGGGGUAGAGUCCUGCUUCUCCCCAAACCUCACCAAAGUAUUAAUGUACAGAGUGGCCCCCUUCCCUGGGCCUUUCCUGUGCCAACUUGAUACCCCCUUCCCCAAGGUGGGUGCUGGAGGCCUGGGCAGUGUGCCUCCUUGUAAUGGAAAAUGUCCUGUGGUGAUAGGCCCAGUGGAGCAAUCACCCUUCCAGGGAAGGGGAAUGAAUCACACCCUUAGUCUACCCCUGGGCUCAGGGUACCCCAGACCCCUCUCAACAACCCUCCCUCCCAGCGUUUAAACUUUGUGCCUUUGACCAUCUGCUAGGUCUGAAGAUAUUUUAUGCAAAGAGUUCUUGGGCCCCUGAAGUCAAGCAUGGGGGUGCUGACACCUUGGCUUCUGGGACCCCGUCCUCUCCUUGCUCAGUACCCUCUCCCGUUUAGGUUGGGUGAACAGAGGCAGGAGUGGCAGCUGUCCCCUCUCCACUGGGAUAUGCAGCUCUUAGAGAUUGCCUCAGAGCCCCCUCCCAGCCAGUGGGGAGAUGGACCUGCCUCUUGCUCAGUGCCUCUUGGGUGGGGCCCCUCACCCCAGGGGGUCUAUAUAUACAUUUGGCAAGUCCAUCCCCCCCCCCCAUGUUGCAUGCAUGUUAUACUCUAGAGCCAAAGUACAGCCCUUCCUCCUGUAGCCUCUGCCCUGCCUCCCCCUGCUGGGGUGGUGGGGGGAUGACUGAAGUGUCAUCCUAGGUGGAUUUUGUGGAGGUGGGAACAGGGGUACUGAGACUCUAAAGCAGUAGACAAUCCCCAGAUACCAUCGGUAGAUUUGGAACUGCGUUUUUUAUUUUAUAUGCAUAUAUUUUAGGGCUGUAGAUUUACUUUACUAAUUUGUUUUCCAUAGCUUAUUCCUGAGCACAAAAUGAUAAUAAUCGAUUUAUACAUCACCUUUUUUACUUUUCAAAGCCCUUUUACAACUAUUGGCAUUUUCCUCACCCUGGCCUUUGCCGGUAGCAUUAUCUUUUCUGAGAGACCAGAGGCCGAGUGUGAGCUAGGACUAGAGAAACUUGGACCUCCCACCGCGAGGCUGGGAGGCAGAAGUUUGGCUGAAUGGAUGUUAGUUUCACACGGGGCGGGCGGGGGCGGGGGCUUGGGGACACUUAAAACCUGCAGUUAUUGAAUCCCUUCUCCAGGCCGGGUCCUGCCUCAACGACAGAGGAGCCGGCCCUGCUCUGUCAUUAGGCCUUGUGGAUAAGGGAGCGUGGACUAUCUAAAUCCUCACCUCCCUUUUUUUUCUUUUCUUUUUGUUUGGAUGUUUUCACGGGUCUCACUUAUACCAAAGGGAAAGAAUCUUCAUUAAAGUCCAUAU